GGCCACACCUUCUCUGUGUCCGCACGGCAAAAAACCACAGCACAGACGCCCAAAUAUUUCACCCAAUCGAUUUCCCAAUCCUCAGACCUUCCCCCACUAUUCAACUCCGUUCACAGAGAUUACGAGAGCAUUGCAUGUCGGGAGUCGUAGUUCAUGUUCAACCAGUCACUAACGACCUGUCGUCUAUGGAGCCGGCGGUGCGCGGUGCGGAAGAAAAGAAAAAGGGCAGCGUUCUUUGCGCACGUGGGGAGCCCUGCGGCAAUGGCUGCUUUGUCUGUGGAGGACUUGCUGGCGCGCGCUGAAGAGCGCGAGGCGGAGACCCAGCGCAGCGUGACGGUGCAUAAGGAGCUAGAUGUGGAGUUCGACGUAGGAAACUUGAUGGCGGUGGACAAGAACCCCGCGCCGCGCGCCGUGGCGCGACAAGGAGCCGUCUCUCAGCGCGAGGCUCUCCUGCGCGCUUUGGCCCGCGACAACACUCAGCUGCUGGUGGGCCAGCUGUGGGCGCUGCCGUCGGAGCGAGCCGAAGGAGGGGCGGGUCCCGUGGUGGCGCGGUUGCCGGAGCCUUCCACCCGCAUGCCCAGGGAGAAGCCGCUGCCCAAGCCCCGGCCGCUAACGCGGUGGGAGCAGUUCGCCAGACUCAAAGGUAUCCGCCCGACGCGGAAGAAGCGCGGCACGUUGGUCUGGGACGAGGCGGCGAAGGAGUGGCGGAGGCGCUGGGGUUACCGCCGAGGCGGCGGGGACCCCUCCCAGGACUGGCUCCUUGAGGUGCCUGACUCGGCGGACCCGCUCGAGGACCAGUUCGCCAAACGGCGCCAGGAGAAGCGCGAGAGGGUCGCGCGUAACGAGUUUAACCGCCUCAGAAACUUGGGGCGUGCCCAUCGCGGCGGAACGCCGACGGAGCUGCACCCGACGGGCCACCAGGACCGGGCCGAGUUGGGCCGCGUCACCGCUCUCGCCCGCAUCUCCACUGCCUCCCGCGGCCGCUUCCAGCCUCGUCUUCCCAAGGAGCCCCACGCCCCACAAAGCGCUACUGCCGGAGGAAAGAAGCGCCGUUUCGGGCCGGUUUUGGGAGAUCUCGAAGGGGAGAAGAAUUGGCAGCUGGAGCUGGCCCGGAAUUUGGGCAGCAAAAAGCCGCCUCUGGACUUGACCCGCGCCGUCAACAAACAGCUUCGAGAGGAAGAAGCCGAGGCUGCCAGCGCCAAGGGCAAGAAGCGCGGGCAGCGGGGCAAGAGAGGUCGGCGGCAACAGCAGAGGCCCGGUGGGGCCAAGGGCAAGAAAAGUGGAGGGGCGGCCAGGAGAGGAAAUCGGGGGCGACCUGGAAGCAUUGGUGGCAAGGGAAAAAGAAAAUGAGCCUUCUAGUGAUGGGGUUGGAGUCUGGGCCAAGGAUGACUGGAGCAGCCGCCCCCAGUUUACAUAACCUUAGGGUACUGAGUGCCUCCCAGCAAAUUACACAGCCCUGUUUAAUUAUUGCUGCUACAUUAAGAAAAUGGGGCCUUGACUUUCAGAGACUUUCUUCUCUAGUUGAACAGUUUGCCUGGAAACUGUGGCCAGAUAAAUAAAAAUGGGAUGAAAAUGUUAUCCAAAACACCAAAUCAAAACUGAACAAUAAUAAUUUCUUUGACUGAAGUGGAGUUGGAGUCUCCUUAAAAAAUCUUCUCACUCUGCAAAAUGAAAAGCAAUGUGCAAUCCUUGGAUAGCAGUUUCAGUGUAAAUUCUUAUAUAAGUAUUGCGAAAAUCUGAUGGAGCACAUCAUUACCAAAAAGUUACAGAAUACCAGUUGGUUUUUUAGUCUACUGUGACCUGGAUUGACAGUGUCCAUAAGAAACAUGGCAAGAGUGGUUGGGGCUGAAAUAGUUGAAAGGAUUUGUUUCAAAAUAAAAUCCUAAUAGUGUUUGUUUGCUUUUAAUGGGAUCUGAAAUAAACAUCUUUCAGAAAUUAA